AAAAGACUUUCUUUUGUAUUCCUUCUACUUGUUCUUUCCCUACUACAAACGUACAAAUGAUGUAAUGAGUCCGACCGAGCGAACCCUCCCCUGGGCCCCCACCACACACACACUCCCUUCGUUUGGGCCCACCUUCAAGCCCAAAACCACCAAUAAUCAAAUAAUUUUUUUUUUACCCAAAAUGUCUCCUCACUUAUUUCACUACUCUCCAGUCUCCCCUCGUCCCCACUACCCCCACGUUCUUCUCCAUAUUAUACGCCUUUCACUUCACAACCCACGUGUAAGCUUUGCUCUCAUCUCAGCCGUUGAUUAUCACUACAUCCAAAACUUUCCAAACUCUACUUGUAAUAAACGGUGGAAACUUCACUGCAUUAAUAUACGUAACUCUACGCGGAAACACUUCCCUACUAAUUUAAAUUUGGAAUGAAAUCACUAAAAUAGUCUUCUUGUUUGACCAAUAACCCAGCCGAAGAAUAUUAUUAUUAUUUUUAAAUAAAAAUAAAUUAAUGUAUUAAAUCAGACGAAAAAGUAAAUGCUGACGUCACCGUACCUUUGACUCUUUUUCUCUUUCUCUCUCUUUAAACUCACUGGUGUCUUUGAUUUCUUCAUCUUCUGUUUCCUUUUUUCAUUGUCUUUUUUAUUUUAUUUUUUCAUAGGAGCCGUUUCUCUCGCUUUCCCGUUGAGUUUCUCGGUGUUUUCUCUUCAGCCAAACAAGUUUCCAAAGUGGGAAAGGAACGAGAAGAAGUAAAAGAAGAAGAAGAUGGUGAGGGACGAUUUGUACAUCACUGUCCCGAGCUUGUUUAGAUGUCCGAUAUCACUUGACGUGAUGAAAUCCCCUGUGAGCUUAUCUACCGGCGUAACCUACGAUCGCUCUAGCAUCCAGCGCUGGCUUGACAAUGGCAAUAACACGUGUCCCGCCACCAUGCAGGUACUUCAGAGCAAGGAAUUGGUCCCCAAUCGGACCUUGCAACGGCUCAUCCAGAUCUGGUCCGAAUCAGUCAAGCACCGAGUAGACUCCGCCGAAUCGUCUCCCAAGUCUUGCCUUACCAAGAGCCAAGUCACUGAGUUAAUUCAACGAGCGGACCGUGAAGCGGGCUCCUCCUUUGACUUCUUGUCAAAGAUUGUUUGUUUCGCCAGGGAGUCCGACGAGAACCGUAAAUUUCUCGCCGGAGCAGAUGACUUCGCUUCGAUGCUGGUCGAAUUUCUUUGCAAUGCCAGUGCUGGAGCUUCCAGAGGCAUUGAUUUUUUGGAGCUUGUGGUUAGGGCUAUGGAUAUGAUUCGUAAUGAGAUUAAAGACAUGGAGAAGCUGAGAAACUCGAUGUUGAAGAGCAACCGCGAUUGCUUGCGCUCGCUUGUUCUCGUUCUUCAACAAGGGAGCGUAGAAUCAAGAAUUGGAUCGGCUAGAGUUUUGGAAUCCAUCGCCAUCGACGCGGAAUCGAAACUCAUUAUUGCCGAUAAAGAAGAGCUAUUAUCUGAAUUGUUGAAACUAAUCAGUCCCGAAAAAGAUCCAAACCUAAUCGAAGCCGGAUUAUCGUGCCUAAUCGCAAUAUCAAAGCCCCGGCGAGUGAAAGUUAAACUUGUCCAACUAGGCGCGGUGAAAUCCCUAGCGAAAUCGCUAUCAGAGCCGAAUCUGAGCGUUUCUGUAACCGAAAAGGUGCUGAAGCUGCUUGAAACGGCGUCGUCCGUCAAGGAAGGGUGGUCAGAGAUCGGCGGAGACUCGAAUUGCGUGGCGAGGAUUGUUCAGAGAUUACUGAAGGUGUCGAGUGCGGCCACCGAACACGCGGUGACGGUGUUGUGGAGUGUGUGUUACCUCUACCGAGAGAGGGCGGCGCAAGAGGCCGUGGCAAAGGCCAACGGCGUGACUAAGAUAUUGCUUCUGAUGCAGAGCAAUUGCACGCCAUCUGUUCGUCAAAUGUCGGCGGACUUACUUAAAAUCUUUCGGCUUAGUUCCAAAUCUUUCAUUUCUUGUUAUGAUACUAAGACCACUCAUAUCAUGCCUUUCUGAUAUGACCCCUUUUUUUAUUUCUAUUUUCUUUUUUACAGUUGAAUCUCUCUCUGUCUUUCUGUUUGAACAAAUAGAAUGUGAGAAAGGCAAAAAAAAAAUUGAGGUUGUACAUGAAAAGGAAAUUUUGUUAGUGAAGAAGAAUACAAAAAAAAGAAAUUAAUUUGAUUUUUA